AUGCAACAUGCAGUUGCUAUUAGAGGUGAAGAAGAUUAUCAAAUACAUCGAAUAGCAAAAUCUUUAAAUUUUGAAUCGAAUAUUGUUCAUCCAACAACAUCUAAAUCUAUGAAAUUAGCUCUCUCAUAUUCUUGGUCGAGUAUAAAAUAUCUUUUUCAUUUACUUCAUCCAUCAACAAUUCAUAAUACUUAUAAUCGAUUCCGACAAAUGACAUUUAAAGAUAUGAUUAAAAAUUUAUACUUAUUAUUAAUUAAAUGUAUGCAUUUAUUAUUGAUGAUAAUAAUUUGUGGAUUUAGAACAUUAACAUACUGUAUUUGGAAUUUAAUGACCGAAGAUGAUCAACAAAAUAUACAACGACCAGAACGAACUUUUCCACCAUCACUACCACACCGACAUGAUUAUCCUUCGGUCAGUAUUCUACAUAGCUUUAAUACUGAUGAAGAUGUAAUAGGAGUCAGUGCAUUUGGAAUUAGUGUUAAUUUAGAUUCAGACUCAAAACAUAGAACGUCUUUAACUGAUGAACAAAUAAAUCUACUUUUAAUAGAUAGUACUCGAAUAAUGGGAAGUCGACGUAAAUCUUCGCUUAUCAGUAAUAUUGGUUCAUCAAUAGGACAAUCUUUACUAUCAUCAAUUACAACUACAAAUACACAGUUAUCAACAACAACUUAUAAUCGAAAUCAAUCUUCAAUAACACCUUCUGGACCUAAUAAACUACAAUCAAUUACGACAACAAAUAUGCCAUAA